ACGUUGCGUCCCAGCGCCCUAGGUUGGGCCAUCGAGACGUUAUUGGGCUGCAAAAAAAAAAUAUUGAGCUGGGCCGCUGGUGCGUACUGGCACCGGGGUUGUCCGGCGGAGCUCCCACUCCGCCACCGCCGCCUCCCGUUUGUUCUCAAGAUUCUCUCCCGCCACCGCUCCGAGUCCCAACCUCCAUCGACGGGGAGGCGUCCUCCAUCCGGGCCGGUUAGAUUCAUCGCUUUGUAGCUGGUCCUCGUCGUUUCCCUCUGCUGUGGUGGGAGAAGCGACUCGCGCGCGCGAUCGGCCAACAAAUUAAGCACGGGGCAGGGCCGUACGCAGGAGGCGAGCUCUAGGGCUCUCCGGGGAGAAGGUUGCCAGGCACGCCAGGUGAACGCCGUACUGAGUUUGCAGUCCGGGACGUAGCGCGUUCUCUGGUCGGGAGGUGGGGAAGCGGAGAGCGAUGGCUGCGCCGAGGAAGGGGACGGCGACGCCACUGGGCGCCGUAUUCUCGCCAGAGGAGACGAAGAGGGCCGUGGCGAGGGUGGCCGAGUCCAUCGCUGGCCGCCGCGCCGAGCUCGGGCACCUACUGGGCUUCGUCGCCGACAACGCGGCCCUCGUCUCCCUCGUCAACAGGCUCCCAGUCGAACUCUCCCACGAAAUCAUGGUCCCCUUUGGUGGUGCUGCAUUUUUCCCAGGGCGUUUAAUACACACAAAUGAACUCUUGGUGCUUCUGGGUGAGGGGUACUAUGCCGAGAGGUCUGCUAAGCAGACGACUGAUAUAUUGCACAGGAGGGGGCAGGAAUUGGAAGCUCAGGUCGAAGCAAUGAAGGCAACUAUCACUGAUCUUGAAGCUGAGGCGAAUUUUUUUGAGUCCACUGCCACCGAGGCUUCAGAGGGUCUUGUUGAAAUCAGGGAAGAGUAUGAUGAGGAUACAGAGACAAAGACAACAAGAUCAGAGGCUUCAAUUGCUACUGGGGUUAUGUUUGAUAAUGAUAGGGAACAUGCUCAAAUCAUGGCAAGGUUAGUUGAACUCGAAAGGGAAGAAAAGGAAGCUGGAAAUACUUGUGAAGAUGAUGAUGAUGAUGGCGACGAUGAUGGAGAUGCUGGUACAAGUGAGGAUGGUGAGGAAAAUAAGGAACCCGGAAAUGCUUUAAGUGAUGGCAAUGAGGACCACAGUUCUGGUUCUGGUGCUUUAUUUUUUGGAAAUGGUGGCAAUGAUAGGAGUAAUGGGAAUAUCAAGCUGAAGAGUGCACUGAAGAAGCCUGGAGGAGAUGAAAUGCUGAAAGACAUUUCUCAUACACCAUCAGCCGAUACAUCUCAUCCAGUAUUUGGUGGCCAAACUUCUAUAACAAAUCCUGAUGUCCGAGUUCACACUAAAGUGUGCAGAAUCAUGUACCAUAUUGCUGAUUUAUGUGUGAGCCCACACGUUCUACUUGCAGCUGUUUCUUUUGAAGACGACAAAUUUGUGGUUAGUUCGUCAAAGUCUCCUACCUUGCUAGUGGGUUCAAUACAGUCUGAUCCUGGGCUCAAGAGUUCUUCAGACCCCACUCCAUCAUGUGACCGAAAGAUAAUAUCGAGUGGGCGAAAGGCCUUCACAGGAUCUAUCGUCGAGCACGACGAUGACGAUCUUUCAACCAUUCAACCUUCUGCGGGCAAUUCGUUGGCAAAACCUGGUACUUCUGCGUCUUCAAGGCCCAUGUCAAAAUUCAAGAUGCAGAAAGGAGGGCGGUAAGUCUCGAUACCACGGGGCGAUGUAUCUUCGGUGGUUGAUUAGAUGCAUCUGGAACAAUCAUGUUAAGUGGUAGUUUUGUGCGAGCUGAGCACCUGGAAGCUAGACAUUUUGUUGUGGAGCGAUUGCCCUCUUGGGGCCUGUUGUUGUGGAGUGCACCUUCACCAGUGAGACUGUUUGGCGGGGAUACAUGGGAUGUUCAGUUAGAUUCAGUUUAAUUAGUGGCUGGUGGUGCAGUAUCUCUUUCAGAAACCUAUAUAUAUAUGCCGCCAUGCCGUUUGUAAAUCUUUCGGCAACAAAAGAAAGAAAGAAAGUGUCGAAAGAUUAUAUUCUCUGGA